AUGGCACCUGCAUCGAAGCGGUCAUCACUGUCACCACAUGCAGAGGGAAUGGAGGGAGGUACGGAGUCAUCACCGAACAACAGCAUCACCGUCGCUCCGGGCAACCUUGUUCGCCCAAAGAGCGCCGGAAGUGAGACCGAGUCGGCAGGCAGCAGCCCAGCGACCAGCAGCCCGGCAGUGAUGGCGCAGGCUGCUGACGAGGCCGGCGGACCCAGCAACCCUCCGUCCACUGGUGGUGUCGGCAGAGACAACAGGAACGGCAGGGAAGGGAGCAGCAACGGGCAGGUGAUGCCGCCUGUUGGGACCAGGCCUGCGAGCAGGGUGCCAGCAGCCCCGGGGGCUCGAGACUACUAUCACGAGUAUGAGUACUCAGACCUUGAUGAGAUCACCAUGCGCCAGCUCAAUGAGGACAUCCUCGCAUACCGCUACGACCUCGAUUACUGCCAAGCUCAACUGGAGGAGGCAGAUUUGACGCCGCAGGAGACGCGUACGCUACAGCUUCGCACGCUUGAUCUCAACCAUCAGAUCCGUCACUGCACCCACCGGAUCGAAACCAUCAAGGCUCAGUCACGCAAGCAGGGUUUCCGCCUUUCGCAUGGCACGAUACCCGUUGCGCCUUACGCACCCAACGGCAGCAACGGCGGCGGCAGGCAGCAUCGAACUGUGAGCGGCGGGUAUGGUGUUGCGAUGCCCUCAAGCAGGCACGUAGCCGCCACUCCGACCCUUGCGACCAAGAAGCGUCCCAUUCCGGAGGAGGACAGCGGAGGAGGCGCAAAGCGGGUGAAGUUGGCGUCCCCCGAUGUCGAGAUGAUCCCCGGACUGGACGAGGGUGUCAACACAUCCCUACAGCGGCUGGGCUUCUGGAAGUGCCGUCUCUGCUCGGCACCGAAGUACCUGCUGGCCGGAGCCGGCCGGUCCCCGGCAGCGCCAUGCAAGUGGCCGCUGAAAGACAUCUCCAAGAUGAUCACGCACUUCACCGAGAUGCACGGAGAGCAUUCGCCUGCCGAGAGGUGCGUCGAGCUUGGCGCAGCUCUGGCCCAGAAUCGCGGCCCUUUUGAGUACUGGCUUAGGAGAACCCGAGCCCAAAACAUCAGCGACGGCAGCAUCAUUGACGACUGCUUUGAGAGGUUGCUCAACGGGGAGAUGCCCGAGUUGCUUCGCCGGCAUAGCCGGGCUGCCGCAGGAAUGCCCGUAUCCUGA